AUGAUGUUUCAAGUUUCUACUUCAUCUGGGACUUAAGGCGUGACUGAUGGAGGAGGAGGCGGAGCAGUUUAGCAGCAAUAGCAAUAAGUCAGCAGUUAGAUUAGCGGCUAUAGUAAUAAUAGCUUAGCUUUAUCAAGUCAUUUUGCGAAAAAGGAAGCUGCCCAUUUAAGCAGAUAAGCGACACAUCGUCGCACAAAAUCGCAAUUCGAUUUAUAAACUAGCAAUUUGAGGGGAUAACCUAAUUUGAUAUUAGGCAAUAAUCUGAAUGGAGUGGCAACACACUCACCUUCCGCAUCAAGCAUAGUUGGCGGAGAACAAAAUUAAAUAAAUUACAAUAUUUCAUAGUCUUUAGCCUCCCUUUAACAGAGUCAAUCUUAUUAAGGAUUAUAUUAGCAAUCGCCAACAGAAUCAUAGUCUUUUUGCUCUUAAAUAAGGGAAAAUUCUUCUUCGUCAUCUUCAUCAACUGCAGCCGGAGUGACAUCAAGCGGUUAGGGCUUAUGCCAAAGCUAUAGUAACAACAAUAGCAUCAAUAAUACGAAUAAUCUUACAAAUAAUUCUAUCAAUAACAAUAACAACAACAAUUUAAAUAAUUUAUUAGGCGGUAAGGAGCAAUUAUCGCCAAUGAACACAUCACAAAUGAUCUAGCUAAUGCAGAUUAAAUAAACUUAAGAAAAGUAGUAAAUUAUCGAGACUAUUGAUUAAGAUUUUUAGAAAUUUAGUGCAUGCAAUUCGAUGAAUAAUGGUUUCAAUUUUGGUAAAAACAAAGGGAAAGCACAGUAACGAAGUGCUGGAUUUUUUAGCGAUAUAAAAGGAUAUACAUGCAAUUAGAAUGGAAAUAACUAAAAUAAUCAAUAAAAUUAAAUGCAAAAUUAAAGUAUUUACUCCUAACUUGCAAUAUCUUCCGGAUAAAAUCCUAACAGCAGUAUGCCGUUUAAUUCGACUUUAAAUCAAAAUACUUGUUAGACUUUAGCAGGUAAUCAAAAUUUAGGUUAACCUUCGUUAAAUCUCAUGACAAUUUAUGCAAAUCAUGCAAGCGGACUCCAAACAAUUCCAGAAUAGGAAAUAAGUUCAAUGGAUUGCCCUAACAUUUCUCAUCCAGGCUCAACAAGAAAUUAAGAUGAUAAAAGAAUAGUUUUUCACUCGCAUUCUAGUAGUUAUUCCACAAAUCCACAGCAAGUGAGUUAAUAAGUUUCCCCUAUCCUCCCAUCUUAGUAAAAUCAGCUACUCCUACACUCAAGUCAUAGCAGUGCAUCAAAUAGCGCUGCUCCAACUCAUCAUAAAUAAAAUUCAUCAUUGGGUGGUCACAACCAUUCGAGUUCAUAAAAUAGUGCUACAUUUUAAAGAAUGUUAAAUCCUUCCUAAUUUUCGGCUGAUCAAUUCACGAACGCAAAUCAAAACGGGUUACAGACAAACGAAGAUAGAGAGUAUAAAAUAUCAUCAGCAAGAGAACACUAUAAAGCCUCUGAUCAGAACUCUCUCACUAAUAUUACUCCAAAAAUGGUUAUAACUCCAGGCAAUUCUUCUAAUUCAAAAGAAAAAAAAUUCUUCUCUUCUGUUAAAAAGUAAUCACAACAUGGCUCUGCUUCGAAUGUUUCUCAAUAAAAUUAAAACAUAAAUAAUAAUAAUAAUUAAUAGUAAAAUUAACCACAGUAAUAGCACUAAUAAAUUUAGUAAUAAAUACAGUAGUAAUAACAAUAGCAGCAGUAAUAAAAUCAUUAACAUUUACAUCAAUAACAAUAACAAUAACAAAUACAAUAACAAUAAUAAUAAUAAUAAUUGCAGUAACUGCCAUAACAACAGUAGUAGCAAUAGGUAUAGAUAUAAUAGCAAUAACAGUAAAUAGUGCCUUAAAUGUUAACUUAAUCUUUAAGCUAACCUCUGCAAACUCAGUCAAAUGUAAAUUCUUUGUCAUAAAGCCAAAAUAGUUAGACAAUAUAAUAAAUGAUCUUAAACUCACAGAUGAGCAAACGUAAAAAAUAGUCUUCUCUUACCGAAGAAAUGGACUCAUCUCUUAAAAUAAUUUAAGCUUAAGUGUAAAAGUUUGAAAAAACUAUUAAUGUUACAACUGAUAAAAAGAAGCAACAAGUUUUGCAAUAAAAGAAAUCCCCAACAAGCUUAAAGUUAAAAUUUGAAGCAGAAAAAGAAACAAAUAAUUCUUCCUUCAUUUAGUAAUAGUCGUAAUAGCAAUAGUAAUAGUAAUAGUAAUAAUAAUAAUAACAACAACAGUAAUCUCAGUAAUAACAGUAGUUGAUGCAAAUUUAACAGUUUUUAGCGUAAGCAAACAGUAAUCGUGCAUUUUUGAAAGAAUAAAACUGCAACAGCGAUCGUCCAAUAAACUCAAACUAAAACUAAUUCUAUCCUUCAAACUAGAUAUAUAGUUAAAAUUAAUUAAAUAACACAUUUUCCCAAAUAAAUUACAGUAAUAGCACUGCAACAAAUACUAAUAACUCUAAUUGUACUGUAAACGAACACAAAUAAAAUAGAUCUGAUAGAAACGUCAACGAAUCUAAGAAUCUGAAGGUUUAAAUACUUCACUAAUAACUAUAGCAAGCUUAAAAUUCUCUUGCUAAUCAAUAAUCUAUUUCUUAAAAGUAAUUAAAAUAAACCCCUCAGCAAUAGUAACCGCAGUAACAAGGCCAAAGCUUGGCUGGAAACAUCAGCACUUCAAAAAGCAAUCCAACUCUUCAUUAAAGAAAAAGCUCUGCAGUUGUGCAAUCAAACAACUAAAAUUAAAAUUAAAUCAAUAACUCUCUACUAAAUCAAUCGAAUCAGCAAUAAUCUUAGCUUUAAUAAUAUUUAUUUGCGAAUACACAUACAAUUAGUAAAAAUACAGGUGAGAAUCCAUAAACAAACAACAACCAUUUAAAUUAAUUAUAUUAAAAUUAAAGUUAAUAAUAAAUAAAUCAAAAACAUAAAAUAAUGAGUUCUGUUUCAUAAAUGUAGCAAUACUUAAUAAACUAACAAAACAGUAAUAGUCAAAGUAUACCUCAUGGAAUUAUUAACAGCAAUAGCUUGAACAGUUUAAACUCUAUUAAUUAAAACCCAUAAAAUUUUGAGUAAAAUAGAAUAUAAUAACUUGAGUAAACCGUCUCAGAGCUGACUAAGAAAAUUAACUUGUUGGAACAAACCAACAAACUUUUAAUAUUAAAAUUCAAUCAGCUCUUAGAUGAAAAGCAGUAACCUUCUGAUAAAAAGCUGAACCUUUAAAAAUUAAUUUAAAAUAAAUCACACAAAAACAAUUAAAUAUGA